AUGCCGCGCUGCAAGGAAGGGCUGGCGAGCGCUGCUGCCGCCUCCGCCUCGUAUGUGGUGGGGGUCGAUGUGGGCAGCACGACGGUGCGCUGCCACGUCUACGACAAGAGGGCCGCAGUCAGAGGCUCCAGCAGCAAGAAGGUAGAAACACUUCAUCCUCAUCUUGGCUGGGUUGAACUAGAUCCUGAAGUUCUGUGGACUCAGUUCAUGGAUGUAAUAAAAGAGGCAGUACAAGCUGCAGGACUACAAAUGAAUCAAAUUGCUGGUCUUGGCAUCUCAACACAGAGAGGAACUUUCAUUACAUGGAACAAGAAGACAGGAAAACCAUUUCAUAAUUUCAUAAGCUGGCAAGACCUAAGAGCUGCUGAACUCGUAAAUUCCUGGAACAGGUGUCUCAUAUUGAAGGUAAUCCGCGUUAUUGCUACAAUGCUUCACUUUUUUACUCGGAACGAUCGAUAUGUGACUGCUAGUUCAUUGACUUUCACAACACAUCAUGUCUCUUUGAGGCUGUCCUGGGUUUUACAAAACAUAACUGAGGUACAACAAGCAGCCAAUGAAAAUAACUGCUGCUUUGGAACAGUUGACACGUGGCUGUUAUAUAAACUCACCAAAGGUUCUGUGUAUGCUACAGAUUAUUCAAAUGCCAGUUCAACAGGGGUUUUUGAGCCCUUUCAGAUGUGUUGGAGUUCUGUUUUGAGCAAAUUAUUUUCAAUACCGAUGUCUAUAUAUCCUCCAGUAGAGGACACAAAUCACAGCUUUGGUUCAGUUGAUGCUGAAAUAUUUGGGGUGCCUAUUCCAAUAGUGGCUUUGGUAGCUGACCAGCAGGCAGCCAUGUUUGGAGAAUGCUGCUUUCAUGCAGGAGAUGUUAAACUUACCAUGGGAACGGGUAUCUUUUGGGAUGUUAACACUGGGAACCAUAUUCAUACACCUAGUGCAGGUCUGUAUCCACUGAUUGGUUGGAAGAUUGGGAAAGAGGUGGUCUUCUUAGCUGAAGGCGACACAUCAGACGCUGGCUCUACCAUAAAAUGGGCUAAAGAGUUAGAUCUUUUCACCAGUGUAGAUGAGACAGCAAGAAUGGCACGAGGUGUGGUUGAUUCUGAAGGAGUUUGUUUUGUUCCAUCUUUUAGUGGUUUGCAGGUUCCUGUGAAUGACCCUUAUGCAUGUGCCUCCUUUAUGGGGCUGAAACUUUCCACUACCAGAAACCAUCUUGUACGAGCUAUAUUGGAAUCUAUCGCUUUUAGAAACAAACAGCUGUAUGAUACCAUUGUGAAAGAGGUGCGGGUUCCACUUACAAAUAUUCGUGCUGAUGGAGGUAUCAGUAACAAUAGUUUUAUCAUGCAGAUGACUUCUGACUUAAUUAAUAAGAAGAUAGACAAGCCUGUAAACACAGAUAUGUCUUGUCUUGGAGCUGCUUUUCUAGCAGGUCUUGCUUUAGGGUUUUGGACUGACAAAGAACAACUAAAGAAACUGAGGCGAACUGAAAUUGUUUUUGAGCCUCAGAGGGACUCUGGAGAAUACAAACUUGCCAUGGAUAAUUGGACAAAAGCAGUACAACGUUCCUUGAAUUGGUACAACCAGACAUCAUACUAA